UCUGCAGGUGGGCGUUUGUAGCAGACGAGUCAUUUCUGUUCGCUCGUGUGUUCGAAUCUCCACCGAUCCGCGCGUUGUCGCUCAAGAUGUUCCCCUUCGUUAUACUUCUCUUGUCAGGACGAGCAUUGGGUGACGUUAAGGAAUGGAUGCCCGACACCCGGUAUUCCAAUCCGUCAAAUUGGGACGGCGGUCAAGUACCUUGCGCUGCUCAACAGGCUCUUCUAAAGGGAGCCGUCAAUAUGUCUGUUCUUCUCGACUCCCAAGUGGACGUCAACGGCAUGGUGCUGCCUGAAAACGGAGAACUGGUUCUGGCCAACGGAGCAUCCAUUACGGUCCACACUUCAACGCCGCCUCGUCGCAUGUCCCAGAAGUGUGAGGAACAGAGCACAACGAACCCUACCGUCCAGUACGUGGCUGGCGAGCGUGUCCAUUGGUACGGCGCAGACAACUGGCGACUCAAGAGCUCUUCUAGGCUGCACAGAGCGACCGCGGAUGACGCCGCCAUCCCCCUUGCUGUGCCUGACUCCGAACGCGUCCCCUGCUCUGGGGAUCACGUCGUAUUCCACGACAGGAACUUCCACGUCAACACGGAUGAACUGGUGCCUCUUGUACGGUCUAUCCAAAUAGGGGGACAGAUCUACGACGCUGAAAGCUUGUCGAGACUGCGACUGACAACUGCUGGACGCCUUAUGGUUGAAGGAGACAUUCAGACGUCAGAUACGGAAUGUCAAGACGGCUGCAUCUGCGGCAACGACAAUGAGGACGCCAUGGCUCGCAUCUGUAUUCAAAGAGCACCGAAUUGCCCAUUGGAGUUUCCCUGUGCUGAUCCUGUCGUCCCACUUAGCAGCUGUUGUUCCAUGUGUGGAUCCUUCCUGGUACUUCGACCACAAAGUGAUGGCUUUCGGUUCGAAGACAUCGUACAACUCGUCACCGCUCGUGUUCUUCAGCCACAGUUUGACAACCAAGUGCAAACGUACGUCCACAAGACCUCCGACGGCCGCGUUCAGAUCGUCCUUGCAGACGUGCAGACGGCAACUGGGAGACCCGAAGCUCAUGCUCUGGCCAGGGAGCUCUACAAUGUCCUCAUGGGAGAAGGAAAAUCACGUUACGCUGUGUCCAGUGCCAACCUAACUGGAAGCACCGCUUGGACCGGCGCUGGAGAAUUCGCAUUAACAGCUGUAGGAAGCAAUCUACCGCUCAUUCUCGGCCUGCUCUUCGCCAUUCUCAUCAUAGCAGGCUUGGUUGUUGCAUAUUGGUUCUUGCGCAAGCGCCAUUUCAGUUUCAAAGGCCACCCCGUCAUUCCGUGGGCAAGAUUCGACGAAGGCCGAGUGGAGCUUGAACUAGGGACUACACCACACGAAGAGCUCGUGCCGACGGGGUUUGCGAACCCGUUAACGUCUCCAUUCAAGGUUUUCCCAGAGUACGGGCCAGAUGAAAACGAGAGUGGAACAUUCUCGAACCCAGUGUUUGAUGCUGCAGAGCGGGAAGCCGCAGAAGGAGGUGCCGAAUCCCAGAGUUCCAAGCCUGGAGCCUCAGAGGGGACAAAAUAAAAUGUACACUAA